AAAAAAGAGUACGUGGGCUGUUAUCCGGUCCUCCCAGUGGUGGGCUGCGUUGGGCCUGUCCGAUGCGAUCACAUUCCAGCAAACCCUACCACACCCCCACCACCGCCGUCGCGCCGCCUCUGCUCCCCUUCGCUGAUCCAGAAGCUGCGGGGACGGCGGUGGGGUUGUUCGCUAGAGGCGGUGUUUGAGGAUGCCGCUGGGGUUGGUGCUGAGCUCGCUAGGGCGGACGAUGCGGCGGAAGCGGCUGUCCUCGCUCGACAUCCUCUCCUCCAAGCGGGCGCCCCGGGACUACUACAAGGGCAAGAACUGCAAGCCCACCGGGUUCCACACCCGCAAAGGUGGAUAUGUGAUAGUUGAUGAGAAAUUGCCAAGAUUUGUAGUCCCUGACUUGACUGAUUUCAAGCUGAAGCCAUAUGUAUCACAAUGCGCCAGGGAACUCACAGCGUCCACUGCAUCUUCUACUUCAGCAGAAACUACUGAAAACAAGAGCUGAUCUCUAUGCAACUGCUCUAGUGACUGCCUACAUUUUGCGAGAAUGUAGUCCAGUUUUUAUUUUCAUAGAGAGUGCCCUUGUCCAUGUUCAGAGGUUAUGGACAUUUCAGAUAGCUUUCAUGUAAUGGCAAACCUUAUGGAAUAGCACAAGUUACCUUGAAGUUUCUGGUCCCAGAUGCACCUCGUACAGAGCAUACAUUUCCUUUUUGUAAUUUUGCUUUUGAUUUUCUGAAAUAACAAAUAUUUAAGUCAAGGACCAUUUCUUAUUACAAGAACGGUGCUGAAAAGAUGCAAA